AUGCCGUCGCGCAGAAAGCCAUUGGAUACACCCCCAUCUCUUCAGUUGCGGACCUGCUUUCAAUGUCGCCAGCCGCCCGGAACAGAUGUCCAGCUGAAGAGAUGUGCCGGGUGUGCCGACGUCGUGUACUGUAGCAAGGAGUGCCAGAAGGCAGCCUGGCCGAAGCAUAAGGAGAUUUGCAGACCCAUCGUGAAGGACAGAAAGGGUUCCACCUCAGAUCGAACUGAGCUUGUGGUGCGCCGCUACGGGUACAGGAACGCCAUCGAGUUCCAUCAAGCGCUCAAAGACUUCAUUGAGGCCAACCAUUGGGCGUUCCAGACGUUCGCGAAGGCGCUGGCCCUCAUGCAAGGGGACUCUGCCAGCGACAGCGACGAAGCUUUCUCGAAAAUGCUCCAGGUCAAUCUUCUGUGCUCCAAGAACUCUCGUCAGCUCAACCCGGCAUGCAGCUUCGUCAUGUCAAGCUAUCGCUGGAUUGCCCCCGACGAUUUCAGGAGCGAGGCAAGGAAUGCCGAGGAAUGGGCGCGGGCAGGUUCAUUGCGAGAGCUUGCGACCGAGCGAUACAAGAAAAAUCUCGAGUUCAAGGCGUUGCGUACAAUCGUCUUCCGCGUUGCCGCCGUUGGCAUGUGCGAUCUCUACUUCUAUGCGCAGUACCGCUGCACACUCCCCAUACUUGAUCUCGCCCCGCAAGACAUAGCCAGUCUGCCUGCCAUGGUCGAGGACGUCUUCGCCAUCACAAAAGCGAGUAUCAAUGCUGACAUGGCGUUCAAAUGCGGUUGCGACGAUACCUCGGAUUACAUGCCGCUACCGGGGCACUUCGUACAGAAGCAUAAGAGCUGGGUUUGGGAAGCUUCCUUCUCAAGCUGGGACACGCUCAUGGAGAAUGGGCGCAGGUGUUGGGAACUUGACUUGGUCAUUGACGUCCUCUCACGAUUGAAGUCGGGAUAUGCGAUUCCGGAUAUCCUUGGUAUCGUACAGUUGCUAUGA